AUGCCGGCGGAAUGCCGACCGGGAACGUUUAACGGAUCUAUUCCAAGGAGCGCGCGUGGGGGGCAGCGGGUCUCGGAGGACGCGGUGACGCAACAGCGCGGGCUUUUUAUCCGGAAGCGGCGCCGGUGCCGGUGCCGGGCGGGCGCCACGUCAGGCGGGGCGGGGCGGGGCCGGUGCGGGCCGAGGCGCGGGGCGCGGGGCGCGAUGCGGGCGCUGGCGCUGGCCGCGCUGCUGUGCGCGCUGCGGGCCGGCCGGGCCGGCGGCACCGAGCUGACCUUCGAGCUGCCCGACAGCGACAAGCAGUGCUUCCACCAGGAGCUGGAGCGCGGCCUCAAGUUCACGCUGGACUACCAGGUGAUCACGGGGGGACACUACGACGUGGACUGCUAUGUGGAGGACCCCAACGGCAGGACGAUCUACAAGGAGACCAAGAAGCAGUAUGACAGCUUCCCGCACCGCACCGAAGUCAAGGGCGUCUACACCUUCUGCUUCAGCAACGAGUUCUCCACCUUCUCCCACAAAACCGUCUACUUCGACUUCCAGGUGGGCGACGAGCCACCAAUCCUGCCCGAUAUGAGCAACCGCGUCACCGCCCUGACACAGAUGGAGUCCGCCUGCGUCACCAUCCAUGAGGCUCUGAACACGGUGAUCGACUCCCAGACUCACUACCGCCUGCGGGAAGCGCAGGACCGGAGCAGAGCCGAAGACCUCAAUGGCCGCGUCUCAUACUGGUCGGUCGGGGAAACCCUCAUCCUCUUUGUGGUCAGCAUUGGGCAAGUGAUGCUGCUCAAAAGCUUCUUCACUGAGAAGAGACCCGGCAGCGGUGGGGCCGGCACCUAGAGCUGCAGCCGUUCUGCGCCCGAACUGCGGGGGGGAGCGGGCAGGCCGCCUUCCCCUGGGUCACACUUUACCUCUGUUUUUCACAAGGUGCUGCCAUGGGGAGGUGGCUGGGGGGGAACAACAGGUGGAAAAUGGGCACCCAAGCACAGGUGUCCCCUGGCCAAUGCCCCCAGCAUCACCUCCCGCUUUGCCUUCGCCUGCCCUGCGCCCCCUCCCCUCGCCCAGCCGGUCUGUCCCCGCUCUCCAGCUCCACCGGCCGCACUGGGGUUUGGCGUCAACGCUCUGGCCCCUUGUGUGACGCCUGGUGCACCUUCAGAGCCCGACGUGACUGCAAGGUGCAGCCUGGCAUCCAGCAAGGCCACGCGCUGCCCACGCACACCCGGCGGGGCGGGGAGCUCUGCCCAGGCCAGCGAGGGGACGGGGCAGCGCUCACCCACCCAGCGCCCACCUCCGGAGCGCUCCUGCACCGAGCCAAGUGCUCUUAGCCCGGAGGAGAGCGGCCCUGGGGGGCUCUGUGCCUGCAGGCAGAGGAGGGGUGAGCACAGCUCCCUUUUUUCCCCGGGGCAGGCAGGGCACUCCCCGCAGCAGGGCCAAAGCCGGCAGCAGCGUCCCAGGAGCCGCUGGCUCAAAAACGGAGGCGAGGUUUCAGCCAGGGGCUUUUUGCUUGGUGAUUUCCUUUGCUUUGCCAGCCCCCGUCCUCACAGCGAAGCAUUUCCCAGGCCCUUCUCCACUGCAGGAGCAAGUGGCAUGCCCCCUACAAGAUGGUACUUUCAUACUUACACGAGUCCACGCCGGGGCUGGGGCUGUGCCCGGUAGACAGCGGGAGCAGGCACAGCUCUGCCCAACCCAUGCCGAGGAAGCCCCAUCCCUCCCCCAGCAGCAGUGAGGACACCCCACACCCCUGGGACUGCAGCCCCAUUCCCUCUAGCCCCACAAAGCAGAGACCCCCGCAAGAGCCCUGGGGAGACCAGUGUGCCGGCCGCCACCGCCAGCCCUCAAGCGGGUGCGGGAUCGCUCUUCCAGAGCCGGAGCAGCACCACUGGCGUUUUACUUUGCCACUUCGUAAUAAACCCCUGCGACCGUG